GAGACUUUGGCUCGGGCCGAGUUCCCGGUCUCGGGAUCCUUGCAGGGAUUCCCUAAGCCACAUCCUCCUCGCCGUCCGCCCGCACUGGCGGGUCCUCCUGGUCCGCCGCCCCGUCUGCCCGGGCCCCCCAGCCUAAUCACUUGUCCCACUCCCCCUCCCUCAGUUCCCCCCAACCUGCGCCGGGAAGCCUUGCUGAGGGUCGCCCUGGUUUCUUGUCGACCGCAGAACCCGAAAGUUUGCAAGAGGAAGAGAGCGCGCAGCGAGCCAGCGGGCAAGGGGCAGCGGCAGCGGCGCCGGGGACCAUGGUGCUGCCGGCGCCUCCUCCGCGGGCGUGAAGGCGGCGCUCCCACUCCCUCCCCGGACUCUGCGGUGUCCCAGGACCUUUUGCUGACAAUUCCAGUUUCCAAAAGAAACAUUUGGGCGAUGGUGAGGGCUUCGAUCCCUUCUCUGAUUUGCUGUCAACCAUGAACGGGUGGAUGUGAUGCUUGCUGGCCAACAGGUGUCCCUCCGUGUGUUGCAGUCCUGUGGCAUUAUGCAUGCCCCCAACCAGUGACUCCCAGGCUUUUUAUGGCUGUGAGACACGAUAAAAGUUCAGGGGUAAGAAGUGACCUUUUGAGGUGACUAUACCUGAAGAUUGCUUUCCAGAAGCCAAAAAAGGUUUUUGAGUCAUGAUGCAAGAAUCUGGGACUGAGACAAAAAGUAACGGUUCAGCCAUCCAGAACGGGUCGAGCGGCGGCAACCACUUGCUCCCGUGCGCCAGCCUUCGCGAAGGCCGGUCCAACGGGGAGACACCGGCCGCGGACGCGGGGGCCGCCGAGCUCGCGCACGUGCAGCAGCAGCAGCAGCAGCAGGCACUUCAAGUGGCAAGACAGCUUCUCCUUCAGCAGCAACAACAGCAGCAAGUUAGUGGAUUAAAAUCUCCCAAGAGGAAUGACAAACAACCAGCCCUUCAGGUUCCCGUGUCAGUGGCUAUGAUGACACCUCAAGUUAUCACUCCCCAGCAAAUGCAGCAGAUCCUCCAGCAACAAGUGCUGAGCCCUCAGCAGCUCCAGGUCCUCCUCCAGCAACAGCAGGCCCUCAUGCUCCAACAGCAGCAGCUUCAAGAGUUUUAUAAAAAACAACAGGAACAGUUGCAGCUUCAACUUUUACAACAACAACAUGCUGGAAAACAGCCUAAAGAGCAGCAGCAGGUGGCUACCCAGCAGUUGGCUUUUCAGCAGCAGCUCCUCCAGAUGCAGCAGCUACAGCAGCAGCACCUCUUAUCUCUACAGCGCCAAGGCCUUCUUACAAUUCAGCCAGGGCAGCCUGCCCUUCCCCUCCAGCCCCUUGCUCAAGGCAUGAUUCCAACAGAACUGCAGCAGCUCUGGAAAGAAGUGACAAGUGCUCAUUCGGCAGAAGAAAGCACAGGCAGCAAUCACAGCAGUUUGGAUCUGACCACAACAUGUGUCUCCUCCUCUGCACCUUCCAAGACCUCCUUAAUAAUGAACCCACAUGCCUCUACCAAUGGACAGCUCUCAGUCCACACCCCCAAAAGGGAAAGUUUGUCCCAUGAGGAGCAUCCCCAUAGCCAUCCUCUCUAUGGACAUGGUGUAUGCAAGUGGCCAGGCUGUGAAGCAGUGUGCGAAGAUUUCCAAUCAUUUCUAAAACAUCUCAACAGUGAGCAUGCGCUGGACGAUAGAAGUACAGCUCAAUGUAGAGUACAAAUGCAGGUUGUACAGCAGUUAGAGCUACAGCUUGCAAAAGACAAAGAGCGCCUGCAAGCCAUGAUGACCCAUCUGCACGUGAAGUCUACCGAACCCAAAGCCGCCCCUCAGCCCCUGAAUCUGGUAUCAAGUGUCACACUCUCCAAGUCUGCAUCUGAGGCUUCUCCACAGAGCUUACCUCAUACUCCAACGACCCCAACCGCCCCCAUCACUCCCGUCACCCAAGGCCCCUCCGUCAUCACCACCACCAGCAUGCAUACGGUGGGACCCAUCCGCAGGCGGUACUCAGACAAAUACAACGUGCCCAUUUCUUCAGCAGAUAUUGCGCAGAACCAAGAAUUUUAUAAGAACGCAGAAGUUAGACCACCAUUUACAUAUGCAUCUUUAAUUAGGCAGGCCAUUCUCGAAUCUCCAGAAAAGCAGCUAACACUAAAUGAAAUCUAUAACUGGUUCACACGAAUGUUUGCUUACUUUCGACGCAAUGCUGCCACGUGGAAGGGUGCCAUUCGCACCAACCUCUCACUGCAUAAGUGCUUUAUCAGAGUAGAGGAUGAGUUUGGGUCCUUUUGGACAGUUGAUGAUGAAGAGUUUAAACGUGGCCGCCAUAUUCAACGAGGCCGUCCUCGCAAAUACUGCCCCGGUGAAAACUUUGACGAGCUUGUCACACAUAACCCUUCCCUUAUUAAAAACAUGCAGAGCAGCCACGCCUACUGCACACCCCUCAACGCAGCUUUACAGGCUUCGAUGGCUGAGAAUAGUAUACCUCUAUACACUACCGCUUCCAUGGGAAAUCCCACUCUGGGCAACUUAGCCAGCGCAAUACGGGAAGAGCUGAACGGGGCAAUGGAACAUACCAACAGCAAUGAGAGUGACAGCAGUCCGGGCAGAUCCCCUAUGCAAGCCGUGCAUCCUGUGCAUGUCAAAGAAGAGCCCCUCGAUCCAGAGGAAGCUGAAGGGCCUCUAUCCUUAGUGACAACAGCCAACCACAGUCCAGAUUUUGACCACGACAGAGAUUACGAAGACGAACCAGUAAACGAGGACAUGGAAUGAACGUCUCUGGGCGGGCCAACCCCAAGAACGAAGAUUGGGAAAACAAAAACAAAACACAACACGUCAAAAGUUAGCAGUGAAAUUGUUCUCCAUUUGUUGUACAGUCGGGAGGAUUUUCACUCCAUUUUGACAACUCUGAAACGUGUUAACUCUUAGUGCCAUCAAGAAUCCCAUUUGGGAGUAUUUUUGAUUUUUCUACUUUUUGUUGAAAAAAGGAAUUUGUACUCUGUGCAUUGGAUGGACUUGUUUGGUACUUGGGAUUUUCCUCUCUUAACAGUCAACAUCAGUGUUGUAAAUUUGCUAAACUGAUUCACUUCUAGCAGCAGACUUUGAACUGCAGUCCUGCCAGCGUUGGACACGAGGACACCCAACUGAGCAUGUGCACCCGAGCUGCAGACCAAGCCUCUGCCCAGAAUUUAAGGAUUCCAAUGGACGACCUAUUUGCACAGUACUGCAUGUUGAUUAUCACUGCCUUUACUCCUUUUUUUUUUUUUUUUUUUUUUUGUUCGUUUUGUUUUUGUUUUGCUUCCAGUUGGGAUGGGGAAGGCCUUUGUGUGUGUAUUGGGGGGAGGGGGUUAAAAAGUCAUAUCCCAAACUUUUUAAUGUAUUGCUUUUUCCCCCCCCACCCCCCGCUUCUACUAUUACCAUUUUAAGUUCUGACCUCAGGCCUCCAUUUGGGCCCACGGCCUCACGGAGGCUUCAAGUUUUCUGUACCUUGUGAUGAAUGUUAAUAGGUGUUUUUAUUAUACAAGAGCUGAAUGUCAUUUCUCGUUCGUAGUUUCCUGUCACUCAUUCCAGUUUCCCUUCAGACAUCACCACGUUUUCUCCAAAGUCAAAAAACAUUCCGUUUUGGUCUUUUUUCAAAAAGGUCCCAAAUGCUGCACUCUACACAUGAAGGUCCUCUCACACAGACGUGAAGUCCUGCCAGAAAGAGAAUGAAUGACAGAAAAAAAAAAAAAAAAAAACAUAAUAGAGACACCCCAGGAACAAUGCAGAUUCAUUCCACGAAGCCGUAUUGGAGGUGGGAAGGGGGCUGUUUCAGAUUUGGUUUUGGUGGGGUUUUUGGUUUUUUGGUUUUUGGUGUUUUCUUUCUUGCAGCGACCACCGUGGUUAAUCAGUGCCACAGCAUUUUCCCAGCACAAGGAAAGCUAGGCAGCAUGUCCCCCCCAAGAUCUCCUCCAGAGCGACCGUGUGGUUGUUGGAAGGCUCUCCCUUGGGUGACCACAUUGCCAUGGGCCACAGGGUCACUGAUGCUAGCAAACCAGCAUGGGUUGCUUUGUUCGCAAAAUGGCCAAAAAGCUGGCUUUCCAGGAGCAACUCCGCUGAAAGUCGUGGCGGCGGCGCUGAAUUUAAACAUCAGUCCAGACCUGCUUGGUGGCAUUAAUCUGUUUGAAUGCAAAUUAGAUUUCAGAUUGAAUUUGUUAUGGAAGUUAAUGAGGACUCAGUUCAGCUAAUGCUAAAGUGUUCAUUUCAAACGUGCAAAUUCGGUACUGCAGUUCAGUUUGUUAUGCAAUAUUAUCACACCAAGCCAGUAUCCAAAACUAACGGUAGAAGAUAUCGAGGGGGUGCGGGGGGCCCGCAUGUGGUGCCCCUGGGCGUUUGGAGAAACAUACAUGACGCACAGAACAUGACAGUCACUGGUCAGUACAACCUCAGUCCUUAGGACCCCUCAACGCUUCCACUCUGCACCCACUUUCCUGUCACUCAUUUAUUUAUCUAGGACCGUAGCUUUUGUUUUUAGUUUUGAGAGCCUUUCGGAGCUUAAUUUAUAUUCUUUGUACCUUUUUAUUUUUUUUUCUAAAAUUACCAAAGAUAUUACACAAAGGUAAAUUAUGUUCUCUGUUUUAUGCUUUAUCUGAUGAAGCCAAAUAUCCUCUUAUUGUUGAUCAAAGGAGGCGAAAGAAUUUAGAGGCAAUUGAUGAGUUCUAGGCUAUUGCUAACCUGAGAAAGAGAACUGCUCCUUCGUCAUAGAAUAAAUUUAGCAGACCAAGUAGGUAAUGGAACCAAAGUUGUUACUUUUGUUAUUUUUUUUUUCUUUUCUUGUUCUGUACCUCAACAGAGACCAAAACUCAUAGAGCGAGGUUACGGGGCUGCUGAAGGUGUUACAGGAGCGAAGGAAGGAAGGGAGUCCCGUCUCAGAAACCUGAAUGAAUGCCACUGAAAAUUAGGGAGUAACCAGUAAAGGAGACAGUCGAGAUAAAGUGGAAAGAAAACAGAAAAGCUUCUACAAUGCAACUCAAACACAUAGUAGCAUUUCUAGAGUAUAUAUUUUGUUUUCCAGAGAGAUCAUAUGUCACUUUGGUUUUAAGAACCAUGCUAGGAUCACUGCAUCAAUUUUGCUUUGCCUUGGCAUUGAUCUUCCAGUUUUUUGUUUGGUUUUUAAUAAUGUUUCCCUUUUUUUUUUUUUUUUUUUUUCCUGAUUAGGCUUUGGUCAGCAUUUUUCAUUAAAAAAAAAAAAAAAAAGUAACACUCCCGUCCACUCAUAAGCUUGGUACAAAAACUUCUUUGCAAGUUUCUUUUGAAGCUUCACUCUGCUUUCUGUAUAAAGGGCAGUCUGUGGUCACUCGAGACUUUUUUUUUUUUUUUAAACUUUUCCAGGCAGCUUCAUGAUGUGCAGGCAGUAGCCAGACAGGGUCAUGGGAAGGGGGCCCUGUGCUUCUAAACUGAGUGGUUGCUGGUUAGUUUGGUAUUCAAAAGAGGAUAAAAAUCUGGUAGAUUAGUUCAUUCUCAGCAUGUGUAGCUAGACAUGAGUAAAGAUAACAGCAUGAGAAACUGUUAGUACGCAUACCUCAGUUCAAACCUUUAGGGAAUGAUGAAAAUUUAAAAAAAAUACAUUUCACUCAGUUGCACUUAGUCGUAUGUCUUGCAUGCUUAGUCUAAAGACUGUAGCAAAAAGAAAAAAAAAAGAAAAAUUAGAUUUUACAUAUCUUUGCAGGUAUCACAGCCCUGCAGAAGAACCAACUGAAAAAAAAAAUUCUCAGGCUUUACAGCAAGCAAACUUCACUAUGAUUUUUACAAUUCUGAUUCUGUAUCCCUGGGGGGGUGUUCCAGUCGCUUCUUUAGGAUGGGGUUUAUUAUGUUGUACAUAUAUUCCAAUGUGUCUGUGUGAAUCUUUGUCUUUUUUGGGGGAGGGCGGAGGGCGGUUCUUUUUUUAGAUAUUGUUCCUAAAAAGGAAUAAAUGCAUACACCUGUUUGUCAAAACACCUUUGCUUUUUGUGCAACUGCUUUAUAUUAACGAUACUAAAAAAAAAAAAAUAGCUUUGGAAAAAAACUACUGUAUGUAAUGGGAUUGCAGAAUAUGCUGCACAUGUAUUUUAUUUAGUUAUCCUUGCUUUAAGAAUAUUGGAUGACAUUUCCUGACAUGUGGGAGGGAGAAGUUCCCUAACCUUUUUUUUUUUUUUUUUUUUGGCUUUUAAAUUGUAACAUAGUUGACAGAUUUUUUUUUUUCUGUUCUCAUUGAUCAGAGCAUUUUGUACAGAUUUGUGUGUGUGUGUGUAUGUGUGUGCGCGGGUAUGUGUGUUAAUCUGUUUUUUGAUACAUUCCUAUCCCUUGUGUUUAUCCUACCACUGCCUUCCUGGCUAUCUUAAACCAGUUCAUACAUUUGAAAAGAGAAAAAAAAAUGCUGUUUUAAAAAAUGUUUUCUCCUGCUGCAGUAAAUAUUUUGCAUGAUGAAAUGCCAGGGUCACACUUUCAAAGUUUAUCAGUGAAGUAGUGAUUAAUAAUGGGGAGUUGUCAAAGCUAUUGAACUUUUUGUAUAAAAAAAAAAAAAAGAAAACUUUACAAAGGUGCCAAGAUGUAAAGACAAUUUGUUACUUUUUUUUUUUUUUUUUUUUCAAAGAAAAGCAUACAUGAGGGAGUUAGUCCCUUGUAUCAGGCAAAUGCACUGUCAGGAAUGAGAAUCCAUCCUCCUUGUCCCUAGAGUCUGUCCUUGUAAGAGAGUGACACUGCCUGCAGUGAACCAGCAGUGAAAUGAAGCAUCAAGGCUUCUGUAUGUGGAAGAGUGACCGCCAGCCUCCCCACCUUCGGACAGCUCUGCCUCGAUUUCCAGCAUCCCAUCAGACCCAGUAAAGAAUACCUUGGAUUCUUCACCCCAAAUCUGAUUGAUGGAAAUCACUAGCUAUUUUAUCAUGAAAAAAAAAAGUUAAAAAAAAUAUUUCCUCUCCUUUCUACAUUCCAGCUGAGCUCCGUUUCCAAGGGUACGAAGAACAGCAUGCUCAUAAGAAUUUUGAAUCUUUUGGGUACCUGUUGGUUCAUGGUAUCCCCUCUUGAUAUUUUGGAUGGUUUUGAAUGUCGGUUUCGCUUUUUUAUCCUGAGAAUGAGACUUAACGUUGCUAAAGGCAUUUAAUGGGCCCAGUGUAGUUCCCACGAUCUCUGCUACCCAGAAGCCUUGAUGAAGAUGGUACAGUCCGGACUGUGAGCACGGUGCUUCGUGGAUUUGUGCUGCCAGUAACAAGAAUUUUUUCUGUUUCGUUUUGUUUUGAUAAGGCAUAAAAGAAACUCAUUCCUUGACAUCAACUGUAAUUCCAUCAUUCCGUGUCUGUGGAUACAGACAAUAAAAAAAAAAUGUUGUGUAGUCAGUACUCAUUACUGACAUGAUAGCAUUCUCAAAUGCAAUAAAAAUGCUGGUUGUUCACACUGGUAGUAAAAA